ACAGAUAUGUCUAGUGAAGUGGAAGCCAAGAAAACACUCCUAUGAUUUUUAAUAAAUUCUCCAAAUUUCAUUAAUUGUUUCAACUCACUCACCAACACCUCCCACCCUACCAUUAAUUACAAACAAAACAUCUGUAUUCAAACUUGUAUAUAUAAGUAGUGCGUGUUUGUACGUUCGAGAAUUCAUAUUCUUGUGCGAGGUAUAGAUUAAUGAAUUAAGGUUAGUUUUUCCAAUUGAGAGGGAAAAAUGGAAAGAGUAGAAGAAGGUGGUUUGGUGGUGAGGGGGAGAGUGGAGAUCGAUAUGCGACAGCCUUUCCGAUCAGUGAAAGAAGCAGUUUUGCUGUUUGGGGAAAAGGUUCUUGCUGGAGAAGUCUAUGCAAACAAACUCAAAGAGAUAGAAAACAAACAGAAGAAUGGAAAAUACACAUCAAAAACUGGAGCAGCUGAUCACCAUGUUGAGCCAACAAAGCAGAAAAGUGCUGAAAAGGCAAAAGAAGAAAGUAACAAUCUGAUGGUUCAGUGUCUUAACUCUCUGAGGCAAGAGCUCGAACAGACAAAAAUGGAGCUACGGCAAUUGAAAUCCAGAGAAUCCCACAUCGAAACCUACAAGCAAUUGGUAAUUGAACCAGAAAUUGAAGAGCUAAAGUUUAUCGAAAACAGUAGUACAACUAAUGUUAAAGCUGAAAUCAAGAAGCAAACUGAAGAAGAAAAUGACUUGGAAUUUGAGAAGAAGAGGUCAGUGAAGUUUGCAAGUCCUCCAUUGUUAACCCGAGUCAUCAUAAACAAAGAUGAUAGUGAUAAAGUCGGAGAGCAAACGCCUUCACCAAAAAAGAAACCAAAGAAGAAGCCAUUAGUAUCCCUCAUGGGAGGUUUAUUUCUGAAGAAAGAGAGAAAGUAAAUAUGAAAAGGCUAUGCGAGAUAUAGCACUUGUUCUUUUUUAUCUUCUAGUUUCUCGGAUUUGUAAUUUCACUGAGGUGAGUGAGGCCCUAGCUCCCUCCUAAAAUUGUAUUUUUUUUUUAAAAAUAAUUUGCGGUAUUAAUAAAUACAUUCAUGG